AUGGCCUACUUAAUCGAGAGCCUGCCUCAGGAUGUAUUAAAAUUACUCAAGGAUAAUCUCCCAAUCCCACCACCGCAAAUAAAUGAAGCCAUUGAAGUUGCCAACUCGCAGCAAGUUGGCCACUCGGCCGUCUACAGAAACAUUUAUUGUCCCGACAAGUUAGUUUCCAGUCUCCACCCAUCAUUAGACACAUUAUACAAAUUGUUUGAGUUUGGUUGCACAUUUAAUGGCGAAAAGCCAGCCUUGGGUUUAAGAGAGCAAAUUAAACACCCAGAUGGCUCAACAACUUUUGGCAAGUACAAGUGGCAAACUUACAAUACCAUUAAGCAAAGAAGAAACAAUUUGGGCUCGGGAAUAUUCUUCAUCUUGGAAAAUAACCCAUACUUAACUCAAAGCGAAUCGCAUCAACGAAUCAAAUACGACCCGACAAGAAAGCCAGAGGACGAGACAUUUGUUAUUGCCAUAUUCAGCCACAAUCGACCAGAAUGGGCUCUAUGUGAUUUGGCCUCAGUUGCUUAUUCGAUUACAAACACUGCAUUGUAUGACACUUUGGGACCAGGAACUACCAAUUACAUUUUGGGGUUGACUGAAGCACCAGUAGUGAUUUGCUCCAAGGAGAAAAUCAAGACUUUGAUUGGCUUGAAAAGGGACGACCCUCAAGGAUUGGCCAAUUUGAUUGCCAUUGUUUCGAUGGACAAGUUGAGCUCUGAAGACAUUGAGGAUACUGCCUUGGUGAAAGCAGCAAAUGAAAACAAAAUUUCUCUUUUCGAUAUAGACCAAGUGGAGAGACUAGGUGCAAUCAAUCCACUUGAUCCCAUACCGCCAGUGCCAAAGACUAAAUUUACCAUCUCUUUUACUUCAGGAACUACUGGUGCCAACCCCAAAGGUGUUAUCUUGACCAACGAAAACGCAAUAUGUGCGGUUUCAUUUCGUUGCAUGAGAAGCUUUAGUCCUGAUGACCGCUAUGUCGUUUAUUCCUUUUUGCCCAUGGCUCACAUUUACGAGCGUGCAAAUAUCCAAUCAAAUCUUGCAACUGGUGCAGCUAUUGGUUUUCCCCAAGGAAGACUGCCAGCAACAUUGUUUGACGAUAUUAGAGAGUUGCAGCCCACGGUUCUUGCAUUGGUGCCACGUGUCUUGACGAGAUUAGAGGCGGCUAUAAAGGCACAAACAAUUAAUCUGAACAAUUCUUGGGUCAAGUACAUCUUUACCAAGGCAAUUGACGAAAAAAUGAGGUUGCAAGCUGAGCCUAAUAAAGAAGAUAUCAACCCCACGCACAUUAUAUAUGAUAGAGUACUUGAUAAGUUGAGACACAAAUUGGGUAUGGGGAGUGUCACAAACAUCACUACUGGAUCGUCGCCAAUUAGUCCCGACACGAUCAAGUUCAUAAAGGCGGCACUCAACUUGGGUGUCUCAAAUGGUUAUGGCUCUACAGAAUCGUUUGCUGGGUUCCUUGGUAGUUUUAGAUUUGAUAACGAUCCAGGUUCCAUUGGCCCUAUUGGUCCCACAACUGAGUGUAGACUAAAGGAUCUUCCAGAGAUGGGAUAUACUUCCAAAGAUGCUGGAGGACCACGUGGUGAAUUAUUGUUGCGUGGUCCACAGAUAUUCCAAGGGUAUUAUAAAAACCCCGAAGCAACUUCCGAAGCAUUUGAUGAGGAAGGUUGGUUCCUCACUGGCGAUGUUGCCAAAAUCGAUCCCACACAUGGGAACAGAAUGUUUAUCAUUGAUAGAGUCAAGAACUUCUUUAAGAUGGCGCAGGGUGAGUUUAUCACACCCGAAAGGAUCGAAAACACCUAUCUCUCUGCCUUUCCAUUUAUCCAACAGAUAUUUGUUCAUGGAAACUCACUUGAAUCGUACCUCGUUGGUGUUGUUGGCUUAGACCCCACAACUAUUGGCAAUUAUAUCAAGUCUCGUUUUGGAGAUGAAAUAGUCGACCAAAAAGAUAUUGUUGCAUUUUUCAAUGAGCCAAAAAAUAAAAAGAUUUUUUUGCAAGAUUUGAACAACUCGACCAAAAAUAGUCUACAGGGAUUUGAAAAAGUGCAUAAUGUCGACAUCUCAUUUGAUCCAUUGACUGUUCAGCGUGGAGUAGUGACACCCACUUUGAAGAUUAGGAGACCCAUAUGUGCCAAAUUCUUUAAAGAUACGUUGGAAAGAUUGUAUAGCGAGGGCUCGAUAUUGCGCGAAGGCAAGUUGUAG